GGUGCGAUGAAUGUGGAGCGCCUCGCUGAAAGCGGAAGACCACAAGCGAAUUGUGACAUGGCUGCUUCCAGUUUCCCGUUGCUGAGGGCGGCGGAAAGCAGAGAGCGGCUGGAAAACACGGCGAGCGACUCCUCUGACACCGAGGCUGCAGAUAAAGAUAAAUUGAUGCAAAACAAAACGGAAGAUUGUGGUACUGAUGACCCAUCCAAGAAGAAAAGGCAGCGGCGUCAAAGAACGCAUUUCACCAGUCAGCAGCUGCAGGAGCUGGAAGCGACCUUCCAGCGGAACCGCUAUCCCGACAUGUCAAUGAGGGAGGAAAUCGCCGUUUGGACGAACCUUACCGAGGCCAGGGUCAGAGUUUGGUUCAAGAACCGCAGAGCAAAGUGGAGAAAAAGGGAACGGAACCAGCAGGUGGAUUUGUGUAAAAAUGGAUUUAUGCCACAGUUUAACGGCCUGAUGCAGCCCUACGACGAUAUGUACACCAGUUAUAGCUAUAACAACUGGGCGGCGAAGAGCUUAGCCCCGGGCCCGUUGUCCUCCAAGAGCUUCCCAUUUCUCAGUUCAAUGAACCCAUUAUCUUCUCAGUCUAUGUUCUCCGCUCCAAGCACCAUCUCCUCCAUGACAAUGCAAUCUACAAUGGUGCAUUCGGCUGUACCAGGGAUGCCCGGCUCCAGCCUUAGUAACAUUAAUAAUCUCAACAGUUCCUCUCUCAAUUCGGCCAUGUCCUCGGCUGCCUGCCCUUACGCGCCACCGACUCCUCCUUAUGUUUACCGGGACACUUGUAACCCAGGCCUUGCCGGUCUCAGACUGAAACCGAAACAGCACAGCGGCUUCGGAUACAGCAGUUUGCAAAAUCCAGGGUCAAGUCUUAAUGCAUGCCAAUAUGCAGUUGAUAGGCCCGUGUAACACGCAAAAAUAACUGGAUAUUUGAUGUAGACUCACGGCAGAUGAAACAAAAGGCUUCAGUGAAAUGUUACUGCAAUCUCUUGAUGGUGCGCGCCGGUUGCCAGUUGCCACUCUCUUGGAUUUCAAUCAUCAUUCUGUUCAAUUCCCAGCGAAAGAAAAAUAUUUAAUUGCAAGAUAUUGAGGA